UUCAGUUGAUUUAUAGACUGCUAUGGAUGUGGAUGUGCUACGAGUGUACGAGACUUUACGAAAUACGAUUACUUGAACGCAUACGAAAAGCGUGAAAAAAGACAUGAUGGGGCUCUGAUAAUCUCCCUUGAUGGAAGAAGCACUGCGUUACAUCAGUCUGCGUGCAUACGUGACGCACAGGAGACGCGAGACGAUUUGCAUGAGAACUCAUUAUAAACGAAGCUAAGUGCGCCAUAGAUGAGCGGGCAUGCUGCAGCCCGUCCAGCCGAAAGUAGUCAAGCUGUCCUCGAGCGCCUUCAGGUGCUACCGAUCUCCGGAAAACACGCAGUGACGUUGUCUUCAUCAGCUGCACCAAUGGAUAAGCAAAAUGCAGCUGUCGCGGACAAAGAGGACACACAAAUGGAUAAUAUUACGAACGCCCAAAGAGUUUGGACGAGCUUGGUGGCCGGUGCGAUAGCAGGCGCGUUAGCAAAAACUACAAUAGCACCGUUAGACCGUACGAAAAUAAACUUUCAAAUCUCAAAACAACCCUACUCGGCCAGAGCGGCGAUAGAUUUCUUAGUCAAAACUAUGCGUACCGAAGGCCUCUUCAGUCUCUGGCGUGGAAACAGCGCUACCAUGGUUCGAAUUGUGCCAUAUUCCGCGGUGCAAUUCACGGCGCACGAACAGUGGAAGAGAAUCCUGGGAGUGGAUGGUUCAGAAAGUAAAAAGCCAUGGGUGAGCUUUCUUGCCGGUUCUCUCGCGGGUGUAACUUCGCAGACUAUGACUUACCCACUGGAUAUGAUGAGGGCUAGGAUGGCGGUGACUCUAAAGGCCGAAUAUAAGACGUUGCGGCAGGUAUUCUGGCGCAUCUAUAAAGAUGAGGGUAUCCUGGCAUAUUAUCGCGGCUUCAACGCCACGAUUCUCGGUGCCAUUCCAUAUGCUGGUUGCAGCUUCUUCACGUACGACAUGUUGAGAAACUUAUUGCCUGCGCACACGGUGGCUAUUCCGGGAUUCUCAACCUCGCUCAUUUGUGGUGGCAUUGCUGGAGUGGUCGGUCAGACGAGCAGCUAUCCACUGGACAUCGUGAGGCGAAGAAUGCAGACAUCGGCGGUCAAAGGACAGCAUUAUCACACGACUAGAUCGACCAUCAUGAAAAUCUACACGGAAGAAGGAAUAAUGGCAUUUUACAAAAGCUUAAGUAUGAAUUGGGUCAAAGGUCCUAUCGCAGUUGGAAUCAGCUUUGCCACGCAUGAUACGAUCCGAGAUACACUUAGAGAAAUUAUUGCCGAAGAUAUAACGUAAAGUUAACAGAAUGAAGUAUAGCGUUUAUAAAACAAGCACCAUAUGUCAUCUUCAUCAUUUAACGGUUGACAGUCUUUAUCGAUGAAUAUGCAUGCCAACAUUAGUUUCUUAAAAAACUGUUCAACGAAAAAAGAAGCUCUAAAAGCACAAAAUAUUAUUAAUAAUAAAGCGUUAUAUUACAGUAGAU